AUGAAACCUAAUUCUGAGAUUCUUUUAUGCUAGAUGUAUUAGCUGGGACCAGAUAAAUGGAAUUAUGUAGAUAUUGGUUAUACGCAUAUCAAUUCGAAGAACGAAUUGAUUUUGCUGCAGAAGGACACGAGUCAGGAAGUGAUAGUUGUUCCAAUAAAGUAAGAGAAUGAGUUUUGCUUUGAUUAAGAAGAAGCAAUCUAAUUCCAUUGUGUUUAGGACUAUGCCUUGAGUUUUCAGAGUAGAGAAGGUGCAAUGGGAGUUUGGACUCGUAUUCAAAACAUUUUGGUGGAGAAUGAGGCUGAGGAUUAAGAUUCAAUAGCAUUGACACCCGUUUCUGAAACAAAUUUGGAGACUAUUUUGGAUACGAUGAAUAACAUGAUAGCAUACGGUUCUCAAUCAAAGUAGAUGUUGUUGAGUUAUUUGAUCAAUAAGAAAGAAUAUUUCGAUAAGCUUAUAAAAUUGUUCCAAUAGUUGGAGAAGGACAACAAUACCAAUCUGUUAUAAACAAUGUGUUAGAUUGUGAAGAAUAUAGUUACAGUGGCGGAACAUGAAUUAUUUUAAAUAAUCCUGAACGAUUAGAAUUAUCUAUUUAUUUUCGGUGCAUUAGAAUAUGAUACUGAGAUGAACAAGAAGAAUUUCGUGCCCCACCGUUAGUAUUUAGAGAAACAUGCUCCAAAUUAAGAGUAAAGAGCGACUUAAAACCAUUCAUUUCAUAUAUCGGCUGCAGUACUUGCGCGAUUGUGGUUUGGCCUACUACAUCGACGAGUGCCAGUUGAUGUUCAUAAAGAUAGUUUUAACAGUUGUUAUGUUGACCUCUUUAAGUACAUUGAAAAUUCGAAGGAUUUUUUGAUAGAAGUCAUUGACAAAUUAAGAAAUUUCAAUUUCUUGGCAUUGCGAUUCCUUUGCGAAAUUUGUUCAGUCUUUAAAGAAUUUCCAGAUUUGAAUAAAGUAGUCAUCUAUUAGAAACUCAGUGAAUACGGGUUGUAUGAGAUAAUUGAAGAUUACAUCAACGAUUCCCUAAAGGGGUUUGAGAAGUACAAAGCCAAAUUAAAGAAACUCAAAUUAAAGAUAUCUGAUGAUGUGUUCACUAAGAUACCAAAUAUGAUAUUGGAAUUGUUAAUAGUGUGUUUAUAACAUUGUCCCAACUAUUUCAGAUAGUAUGUUAUCAGUGAACAUCAACAAGUACUGAAAUAUCCAUUUUUCAAUAUCAUUGUGGAAAAUGCCUUCUAAAAUGAAUUGUACAUGGAGGCAUUGAAAUUGAUGAUCGACAAUAACUCAGAAGAGUAGAAUGAAACUAUGGAUUUAUUUUUACUGCAAUUCUAUCCGAAAAUCACUGCCUAAAUCUCACACACAGCCACCAAAGAAUUCAAAUAGCAAUUUUUAGAGAUCACCUUAGGGUUGGUCAGAGCUAUGAAACCAUAGGUUAAGGAGGCAGUGAUUUUGAAUUAAGUGGCAUUGAAAGUUGGCUUCGUUUUGUAAGAAAACUAAAAGCUAUUGUAAACUAAGUGUUUGCAGAUAAUUAAACUGAUUUGUCUGUCUAGAGAUGAUGACAUUAACAAUGAGAUUACAAUGAUAAUCCCUAAUUUAAUUAGUGUUAUUUUAGCGUAUAAGGGAUUGAGGGAAAACCUAAUAUUUUCUUAACAAUUAGAAAUAAUAAAAAUAAUUUAUGAGGGGAUAAGUUAAAAAUUGAUUACAUCAUUAGAAGAUGAAUUAAAGAGAAGAGAAAACCAACCAAAUUAUCAAAGAAUACAUGAAAUUUUCAAGAAUCUUAAAAACAAUUGCAUGAAAUAAUAAUUCAGUUCAUAGCCAUAAUAAUAAAGCCAGAUGUAAUCUAGAUACAAUGUGGUAGUAGAUGAUGAGAUGGAUCUAUUCAUAUCAGUUCAGGGACACAGCAGCCCUCAUCUUGUUAAACAAUAAAAGAAGACUUAGGAUCAUGAAGAAGAAGUAGAUUUAAUAACCAAGAAAAUAAAGAUUGAUUGA